AUGGUGAACAAUAUGGAUCACGGUUUGCCCAAGUUUUCUCUUCUAGGUUAUGAUGAUUGGAAGAUCAUGAUGGAAGCACACCUCUACGCUCUACAUGAUUGCAUGUGGAUGCCCAAGGAAAAAUGGGAUGAUAGAGAUUGUAAAAAGCACAAUCUGGACAACGUCGCCAAAGCAGCCAUCUUCAAGACACUUGACCCCAUCACCUUCUCCAAAAUCAAGCAUCUCAAGACUGCCAUGGAGAUAUGGCAAGGUCUUAGGAAGCUAUGUGAUGGAUCAGAGGACUUAAGAAAGCAGAAGAUAGAAGUCCUGCUUGAGAAGUUCAAAGGCUUCAAAAUGCUUCCUGGAGAAUCAUUCGAUAUGUUGGAUGAAAGAUUCCACAAAAUCUUAAAUGAUCUUGCCUCACUUAACCACGUUCUUUCUCCCAAAGAAAAGAAUGUAAGGUUGUUGAGAUCUCUUCCAACUGAGUGGUACACCAAAGCCACAGCCAUGGAAGAAGGAAGAAACCUGGAAAACUACACUGUCCAGGGUCUUCUUGAUGAGCUCAGAACCUAUGAGCACGAGCUGAAGAAGAAGAAGGAAGAACAAGUCACUCCCUUCCCCACAGCACUAAUGACAACUCCAAGAGUCCCAUCAAGUGAAGGGACAUGUCCAAGAAGCUGUGACACACCUUCCUCCAGCCAGCCGUCAAGCUCAAAAAUGGAGAACUACGAUGAGGAAUUUGCCAUGAUGGUCAAGCAAUUCCGGAAGUUCAAGAAGAAGCCUGGCCACUGGAAGUCAGCAUGCCCGUACCCAAAGGUGGAAAAGUACGGAGAAAGAGAAAGGAACGAGAAGAAAAAGAAGGCAAUGGUUGCUGCUGAAAGUGAUGAGUCAUCCAGCUCAAGCUCGGAUGAAGAAGCCCUCGUCUGCAUGGAGCGCAGAGUUGAAAAAUCCAACCAUGAGGAUAGGUGGACUAUGUCAGAAGAUGACACUCUCUGCCUAAUGGCUAAAGAUGAUGCUGAUCAAGAGGUAACUUCACAAACCUCCUGCUCAUCUUCUUAUGAAAGCAUACCAACUUCUGAAAAUCUUUUUGACCAGUUCAAAAAGAUGAUGGUAGAUUUUGAGGAAAUAAAUCUCAAACACUCUUCCUUAACAGAGGAGAACAAACUAUUGAGUGAAGAGAAUCUCAAGUUGACUGAAGGUCGGAAAAGUCAACUUAAUGAAAUCACUCAACUCAAAACUGAAAAUGAAUCUCUCUCUGAAAAG